ACCAUGAAGGCUAUCGUCGUGGAAGAGUUUGGCGGCCCAGACCGCCUGGUCAUGAAAGCCGUCCCCACCCCCGAGCCCAAAGCAGGCUUCGUCCUCAUCAAGAUCCGAGCCUUCGGCCUCAACCACGCCGAAAUGUACAUGCGACGCGGCGAUUGGGCCGAAGCCAUGCCCAUCAUCGGCAUAGAGUGCGUCGGAACUGUCGCCGCCUGUCCCGGGAGUGAAUUUCAGCUCGGUACCGCCGUCGUUAGCCUGAUGGGAGGACUCGGCCGCACCAUCAACGGUAGCUAUGCGGAGUACACGAACGCGAGUGUCGCAACCGUCGUUGAGCUUGGCACAGUCGACUCGCUUCCUUUGCCCUGGGACCAGCUCGCGGCCAUCCCCGAGACCUACGCGACGGCAUGGACAUGCCUGUUUCAGAACCUCGAACUCCGCGCUGGACAGACAUUACUCGUCCGCGGCGCUACCUCCGCGCUGGGGAAGGCGGCGGUCAAGUUAGCCGUGAACAAGGGGGUCAAGGUCUUCGCGACGACGCGGAAAGCGCAGCGCCAUAACGAACUGAUUGCGCUGGGCGUCGAGAGAGUCGAGCAGGAAGGCCCGGGCCUGCCGGAGCGGCUUAGUAUCGCGUGUCAUAAGCCGUCGAAAUUCGAUGCUGUUUUAGAGUUGAUCGGGAACAGCACGUUGUUGGAAUCGCUGACGGUUAUCCGGCGCGGAGGGCGGCUGUGCCUGGCUGGAUUCCUUGGAGGGCUCGAGCCGAUUGUAGAUUUCAAUCCGCUGCUUCAAAUGGCUAGCGGGGUGCAUUUCAGCUUUUUCGGAAGCUUUGUAUAUGGAACGUUGGAGUUUCCGCUGGCUGAUGUGCCGUUGCUGGAGAUUUUCCAGACGGUUGCCGAUGGGAAGAUCGAGGAGAAACCGGUUAGGGUGUUCCGAUUUGAGGAAAAGGAGAUCCGUGAAGCGCACCGGGCGAUGGAAGGUAGUGCGGCAAAUGGGAAGAUGGUGGUUCUUGUAGAUUAG